GGUCGAUAGACAAAGGGAAGUUCGAUCGCAGAACCACUAUGGCAACAGUCAAAAAGAACUGUUAGACGAGCCCGGGGGUUCAUCGGUGACACAAUGGACGCAUAUGCUGUGUUUUGCCGCCAGUGAACAGACUGGGGAAGCUCACGCCCUUGCCAGCUGCGCGGAUCGAGUCGAGGAUGACAGCCUUCUGCGCCUGGACCUCGGGGUGAUGAGUGUCCUUGCCAUGGAGGGAGGCGAGCACACUUUCGCCCUCCUCGUAUCUCUCACGGCUGAGAAGCCAUCUAGGAGAUUCUGGAAGGAACACUAUGACAACAGAGAGGAAGAGACCAAAUACAAUCUGGAAAGCGAUGGGCCAUCUCUAGUGAACACUCUCGUUAUCGGAGAACUGAGAACCGUAGUUGAUCCAAUAAGCAAUGAUAGUUCCGAACGCGAUCGUAGCGCCCCUCGAUACAGAUCAAGAGACCACGGUUCGAUGAUUGGAGCAUUCGGCCUGAUAUGUGGGAAUAGUUGAUGUGUUGAUGCCGUUCCGACACCGGUAAUCGUUCGUCCAACCAUGAAUUGCAGAAAGGGCAUAUGUCCAGUAAACGAGGCCACCUAGAUGAUGACCCCGAGAAUCAUAACCCAUCCACCUGUGAUACAGGCUCGGCUACGGCCAAGCCACUCGCCGAAAAUGAGAAUGAAGAUAGCGCCAAGAAGGCAGCCGAUCUCGUAAAUUCCAGUCGUGAUGCCUUGUACCGUAGAAUUAUCUUUUGUCGUUAGGAAAUAAACGUUGAAGACCGGUCCGUAAUGAUCCCACCCAUUACACCUUGGUCGAAUUUGAAAAGCAGAAAUCCAUUUGUCGCAACGACGGAGAUUGCAA